UUGCUUUGUAUUUUGAAAGUAUCAGCAUUGUAUUAAAACUCAAUGUUAUUUGUACUCCAAGUAAUUUUUUAUUAAUUAUUUCUCAUUUUAUAGUGUUGUGUUGGAUUAUUAUUUUUAUCGUAUUAACUACAAUAUUACUAAGAUUGUUGUAUACUUUUGUCAUGUAUACUAAAUUUCAAAUUUUGCUUGCUAUUGGAAUGGUUUUUACUGGAUCUAUCAAUACUCUCAGUGUUAAAUGGGCAGACAAUCUUUAUGCAAAGGGAUCUGAUGGAAAUUUUCGCAAAUUUGAUCAUCCAUUUGUGCAAUCAUUAAGUAUGUUUCUUGGAGAAUUUUUGUGUUUAAUAUUUUUUAAACUCGCAUUGAGAUAUCAUUUGAAAAGACAAUACCCUAUUGAAGAUAGUCCAAUAAUUAAAGGAAACCAACAAUUCAAUCCAUUCUUAUUUUUUAUUCCAGCUAUGUGUGAUAUGGUUGCUACUUCUCUUAUGUACAUAGGUCUUAAUUUUACCUAUGCAUCUAGCUUCCAAAUGUUAAGAGGUGCUGUUAUAAUCUUUACUGCUAUAUUUUCAAAAUUUUUUGUUAACCGAGAAGUAACACUACGUCAUUGGUUGGGCAUAAUAACAAUUAUCAUUGGAUUAGCCACAGUAGGUGCUUCAGAUUUUUUGUUGUCAAAAACAGUUAAAAUUAAUCGAUCUUACACACCUGUCGGUAUUAUCACUGGUGAUCUCUUAAUCCUUUUUGCUCAAAUUAUAACUGCAGUUCAAAUGGUAUAUGAGGAAAAGUAUGUUGUUUCAAAUGACAUUCCACCACUACAAGCUGUAGGCUGGGAAGGUGUAUUUGGUUUUUUGUCUAUGAGCAUACUCUUAGUACCAUUUUAUUUUAUCAUUGUUGGCUUACCUUUUGCAAAUAAUUCCCGAGGAUCUAUUGAAGAUUUUCCAGAUGCCAUCAUACAAAUUAUGAAUAAUAAACUUAUAUUAUUAGCAUUGAUCGGUAAUAUAUUCAGCAUUGCUUACUUUAACUUUGCUGGUAUAAGUGUUGCUAAAGAAAUAUCUGCAACUACACGAAUGGUAUUGGAUUCUGUUCGUACAUUUUUUAUUUGGACUUUUUCAUUAGUUGUUGGAUGGCAAAAUUUCCAUCCCCUUCAGCCUGUUGGUUUUCUUCUUCUUCUUAUUGGAAUGUGUAUUUAUAAUAAUCUAUUACUAGCAUUUCCAAGAAGAUUAAGAACUUUGGUAAAUUAUCCUACAGAUGAACCAAUUAUAAACUCUGAGUGAAAGUAUUUACUGAUUAUCAAGUAUCUUAUUUCCUUUUGAAAUGUAAUAACUAAUUUUUUUUUAUGCAAGUAAACAAGAAAACUACAAAAUUUUUAAAUUUUAAUAAUAAUAAGAAAGUUAUUAAAAAAAAUAACUAUUGUGAAUUUCACAUAUUUUUCUGUUUCUAUAUUUUUAAGUAAAAAAUUAACAAUAAUUUAAUUUUCUACUAUAUAUAAAGUAUAGCAGACAUUAUAUUUAUAUAUAACUAUUUACAGUGUAUUUUGAAAAAAAUUUAGUUACUUUGAUAAUUAAACAAUUUUCCUUUUUACAAUAAUAUAACUAUUAUUCAUAUGUAUACAUAAACAUUAAAAUUCAAGUAUAAAUUAUUUAAAGUUUGUA